GUUGCGGAGUCGAAAUAUUUUCUUUUGUAUAUAUUGCCAAUCGAAAUAAUUAUUGUUCGCACAUUUUGUAUAUUGGCAUAGUUAACUCACUAAUAAACUUACAAAAUGAACUGUGUUAUAAAGGGGUCCAAUGUAAAAUUAUUGGCCAAGACCGUACAUUUCUUCUCAAAAAUCGGCAGUGAACUACUGGUAGAGGCACUUCCAACGGGUCUAUCGUUGAAAGUAGUAAAUUCUAUGGGCACAGCAUAUGCGGUGGCUAAUUUCAAUAUGGAAUAUUUUAUCAGUUUCAAUCAGGGAGCCAACGACUGCUUCGUGGAAAAUAAUUGCAAAGUGUUCAUCAAACCGAUACUGAAGAUAUUCAAAAAUCUGCAUACAAUUCUGAUUUGCAAAAUUUGGCUGCAAAUUGAUCGUAUGAAAAUCAUCUUUCAGUUCAAGUGCAAAGCACACGUUCUCAAGACCCACAAAAUUUCAUUGCUGGAGCAUGAUCACAUCAAUUCGUUGCGGCUACCAGAAUCUUUUGCGAACAAAAUAGUAUCCGAUCAUAAAUCAUUGAAUGGUAUACUAUUACAUUUCCAUAGGUCAAAUAAAGAAAUUACUUUCGACAUGAAAACGGACGAAAUCAUCGUUACGAACUAUAUGGACCAUCCCACCAAAGACAAAACUACAAUGCGCUCGAUGUAUUCUAUUAAAAGUCGUGUUUUCAAGUUGUACGAUUUAGAGUCUGAUUCAAAACUUACAUUUUGUUAUAAGGAGUUCAAAGCGAUGACGUGUUAUGCUGGUCAAAACCGGAUGCUGGUAGAAAUGAACUUUAACAAUGAAGGAUCUCCAAUUUUGAUUAGGAUGCGAAAGGACAAUGUACUGCAUGUUACAUUCAUUAUGGGUACUAUGAGACCGCGACUUGCGGAGUCAAGCAGAAAAGUACAACGAGCCAAUAGAAAACCCAAUUUAGCUGCCCCAGUAACCGAAAGAGACAGUCAACUGAUUGAAUUGUGUCCUACCCCGUCAUAUCAGGUGAAUAAUACAUCCCAGACGUCUGAUAUGCGAGGAACAAAUAGUCAUUUGAGAGACGAUGUUCAUUCAAUCGAAUUGGCAUCUUCAAUGAUAGAUCAUCUACAACCAUACGUUAGAAACAGUAACUGUCUUUCGACGAAGAAUAACAAACAAUCGGAAAGUUUAUUCUUACAUGGCUUGAAUAUUCAACCUCAGUCAGCGUCUACUUCCAUCAAUAAGUCCAGCCAACUCGUGAAUUCUUUAGAAAGAAAUCCACCAGUAGAAACGAGAGACAAACCACUAUCAUUUGAUAUAGUGUUUGCUGGUAACACAGACGAUCUUAAUUCUGAAAGUUUAAUAGCUUCACAUACAACGCCAUUUAAGAAGCGAAGUUUUCAACCACAGUCUGUGAAUAUUAAUCAGCCUCAUGCGAAAAAAGGUUGCCACCUUGAGGCAUUCAACUCAGAACCCUUGUUUUCAUCCACAUUACAAACGGAUAUUUCGGUAGAGGUUGUUGUACCUGAAACAGUUCCUGAAUCUCCAGAAGCAAUCGCUGAUCGGAAACGACGUGACGAGAAAAUGCGCCAUAUUUUCCAUAAAUGUUUCGAAGCAACCUUCGAUUCACAGCAAUGCUUGGGAACAGUAUACGCAGAAAACUCGGACACGGAAGAUAGUUGAAAAACUACAG